AUGAAGGUUAAUAUUUCUAUCAAACAAAUAUUUUAUCUCCUACUUCUCGCACUUUUACACAGGGGGGACAAGGUCAGGGCCCUGGAAAAUGAUGCCAAAAGUGACUCUGGAAUCAAUGCCCCUCCCCCUCCUUUAGACGACGAAUCAGCUGUUGUUUUACCCAGUUCGCACCGAUUUACCGUCCAAUUCCACUCGCCUCCUGGAGGAGAUACCCAGGCGGCAGCCAGAGCAGAUCAGGACAGAUUUUUGGAUCACCUUGCUGCCAAUCAAAUCCAAUUCAGGGUUCGAUACAGAUACACAAAUGUCAUCAAUGCCAUAUCAAUCGAGUUGACACCAACACUCACGUCCACAUCUACAUCCACACUUGAUCAAAAUUCAUUAUUUUCCCGAUCAAUACCAUCAUCAAUACCAGCAGCAGCAUCACCAUCAUCACCAUCAUCAUUCAAGACCUCGAAAAAUAAUAAUACUAACAGCAACAGCAGUAACAACAACAUUUUUAAUGAAAAUAAUGAAAAUCAUAGCACAUAUAGAAUAAAUAAAGCUCAAGCUCAAGCUCAAGCUCAAGUUCAAGCUUUAAGAUUUGCUUUAGCCUCACAUCCAUCAGUAAAAAAGCACUGGGCCGGAAAACGAUAUUCUCGGCCAACUACACAUAAUACCCGUAAUUUUGUCUUCGGAAAUAUAAACACGGGUGUGGAAGAAGGAAUAGCCAACCUGCCCGCAGCUCAUCGUCUCACAGGCGUUGCCCGUGUAAGAUCUGAGAAUAUAUCCGGAAAGGGCAUCAAAAUUGGUAUCCUUGACACUGGCGUAGAUUAUACUCAUCCAGCCCUUGGUGGAUGUUUUGGUCCUGGAUGUAAAAUAGCGUAUGGAUAUGAUCUUGUUGGUGAUAAUUAUGGCAAGGAAGGAAAGAUACUUGCUGACAAUGAUCCAAUUGAUACUUGUGAUGUUGCUGCUAAUGAUACACUCAAGAAUUUUCAAGGUGUUGCACCCAAUGUUGAAUUGGGUGUUUGGCGCAUUUUUGGAUGUGAAGGCGAGACAGACGAUGACAUUAUACUCCAGGCUGCGGAGCUCGCCUUUAAUGCUGGUAUGGACAUUAUAAACUUAUCUUUGGGUGGAUCUCAAAAUGCUUGGGAAGAGGAAUCUUUGGCUGUUGCUUUAUCAAACCUGGUCGACAGAGGGGUAGUAGUUAUAGUAGCACAAGGAAACGAAGGAAAAGACGGCAUCUCACAGACACCAUCUCCAUCUAUUGGCCGGCGGGUACUCACGGUGGCUUCUGUAGACAAUGUUCAACGACAGACCAGAACGUUACAUAUCAUAAAUUCUAAUAGUCAUCAGUACGAUUUUGAAUACCAAAUCUCGCCAGAUGUCUCGGUUGAUUUUGAUGACAAAAAGUAUUAUCGUAUUAUGGCUACUGGACAUAGUGUAGUGAAUUCCGAUAAUGGGUCACAGACUGGAGCCGAGACCAGAAACACUAGCUAUACUUUUGAAUAUGGCUGCCAACCACUUGAUCCCAAUAGAUUUGUGGGUUCGGUUGUGCUUGUCCACAGAGGAAAGUGUCAGUUCUCAAGAAAGGCCCUAAACGUUCAACAAGCAGGGGCUGUGGGUCUUUUGGUGUACAACAACCCAGGCGAAGAGACCACGACAAUAGGUCUCGAAGGUGCGAAUAUCACCAUACCAGUUGGAUCAAUCAAUGGAGAAGACGGUGGCACCAUAUUCUCCAUGUUCUCGAGUACUGGGGAUGGCAAUACAAGUUUUGGUGCAGCGUUUUCCAACCAAAUGGCUCCAAUCAAAACAGCCGGGCUUCCUUCUCUAUUCUCCAGCUGGGGUCCUGAUGCAGAGCUACACUUUAAGCCAGAAAUAGCGGCAGUGGGUGGUUAUGUGUAUUCUACAUUUCCUGUGAAUAUGGGUAGCUACAAAUCAAUGAGUGGUACAAGCAUGGCUACUAUUAUGUUAGACUGGUUUUUAUUGUUAUCUCUAUCAUUUACUAGUGUUAGUAGUAGUGUUAGUGGUAGUAAUAUCGGUAGCGAUAUUGGUAUUUGUAUCGGUGGUAAUGAUAGUGGCGGUAGUGGCGGUGACAAGCUCAAGUUUCUGAUGUGUGGCCCAUGCUUUAUGCCUUACCUUGCCGGGUGUGUGGCACUUUAUAUGGAAGCCACCAAGCACCGUAAUCCAGAUACUGUAUACCGUGCAUUUCUAAAUCAUGCAAGGCCAAUAGUUGGCACAUAUCAUCACAGAUUGGAAUCUCCUAUUAAGCAAGGAGCAGGACUUGUUCAAGUACACAACACAAUACACAGCAAAAGCAUUGUAGAUCCUUUCAAGAUCACCUUGAAUGACACCGAAUAUUUUAAUAAGAUUAAUAUAAUAACAAUUACCAACACAUCGAAUAUGACACGCUUGUACAAUAUAUCACAUUCUGCUGCUAUUGCAGUAUCAGGUUACAAUUUCACCAAGAGUGCAGUACCAUUGCGUCGCCCUCACUACAAAGACAAUAGAGCAGAUGUAGCCAUAAAUGAGACUGCAUUUGUACUUGGAUUCAAUCAAUCCAGAGCUGUUAAAUUGACAUUCUCUCCGCCCAAUUGGACCAAUACAAUUGACAACCCCCACCUUUUGUACGGUGGUUAUAUUCGGGUACGGUCUAGUAGCAAUAAUACAGAGACCGAAGUACUACAUGUUCCUUACUUUGGAUCGCUUGGAAGGCAAAGAGAUCUUCCUAUAUUUGACACAAAGAAAGGAUAUCCGUAUAUCGGAAACUAUCUCGGGAGAAGGUUGUCAGCCCCGAUAGAUCAAUCAUCCGGGUCUACGAUAGACAGCCAGAACAAUCAGAACAAUCAGACCAACAGCACAACAAAGCAGGUUCUGAAAUAUGAUUUCAGCCGAGCAAACGUUGUUCACCUGUACCUUCGUCUGGGUAAUCCAACAGCAUUGUUGAAAGGAGAACUCUUGGAUACCUCUAAUGUCAGUGUAGGAGAGAUACCAGCGAUUCGGCAAGAGUGGUUGUCUAGGAACGACCAUAGUGACACAAACCGUGAACACAACAUAGAUUGGAGGGGGCACAUUACUACUCUGCCAACCCUAUUUAAUAAUACAACCACAACCACAACCACAAAUAAUAAUACAUCUAGUCGGAUUGCCCAUGUGCCCCACGGAAUCUAUCGAAUCAAACUCUCGGCUCUCAAAAUAUUUGGGAAUCCGUUGGAUGACAGAGACUGGGAAGUUUGGAUCUCUCCUGACAUGACAAUUAUUGGUUAA